CCUGGAAUUUUGACGCAAUUUGCAAAUGGCCGUGAGGAGGACCGUGCCCGGGAUAAGGUGUAUGAAAAGCUAAUGGUGGUAGAGUCCGUGUUAAAAACUUGUGAUUAAUUCUUGAUUCAGUGUGGUGUUGUUGUACAGAUACAAAAUGUGCCAAAAAGUGAGAAUCCAGUCUUAAUGGUGAUAUAGGAAGCGCCCUGAAACCGCUGGAGGGACGAUCGAAGUUAUAUUGCUGACAGAAGGGUCGGUGCAGAGCGCGGUUUAGGCGUCGGGAGCUGGUCGUGAAAGCAGAACCAACGGAUACACAGCCAUGAAUGAACUUGACAGUUUACGUCAGGAGGCGGAGACCCUCAAAAAUGCCAUUAGGGACGCGCGCAAGGCGGCGUGCGACACGUCGCUUGCGCAGGCGACCGCCAACCUCGAGCCCAUCGGGCGCAUCCAGAUGCGCACGCGGCGCACGCUGCGCGGCCACCUCGCCAAGAUUUACGCCAUGCACUGGGGCAGCGACUCCAGGAACCUGGUGUCCGCUUCGCAAGACGGCAAGCUGAUAGUAUGGGACAGCCACACCACCAACAAGGUGCACGCGAUCCCGCUGCGCUCGUCCUGGGUGAUGACCUGCGCGUACGCACCCUCCGGCUCGUACGUAGCCUGCGGCGGGCUCGACAACAUCUGCUCCAUCUACAGCCUGAAGACCCGCGAAGGCAACGUGCGCGUGUCUCGCGAGCUGCCCGGCCACUCCGGCUACCUGUCCUGCUGCCGGUUCCUCGACGACAACCAGAUCCUCACCAGCUCGGGCGAUAUGACCUGCGCCCUGUGGGACAUCGAGACCGGGCAGCAGUGCGGACAGUUCACCGGGCACACUGGCGACGUGAUGUCACUGUCGCUCGCGCCCGACCAGCGUACGUUCGUGUCCGGCGCCUGCGACGCCUCCGCCAAGCUGUGGGACAUCCGCGACUGCCAGUGCAAGCAGACCUUCCCGGGGCACGAGAGCGACAUCAACGCCGUCACGUUCUUCCCGUCCGGGUUCGCGUUCGCGACAGGCUCCGACGACGCGACGUGCCGUAUGUUCGACAUCCGCGCCGACCAGGAGCUGGCCAUGUACUCCCACGACAACAUCAUCUGCGGCAUCACGUCCGUGGCCUUCUCCAAGUCGGGCCGCCUGCUGCUCGCCGGCUAUGACGACUUCAACUGCAACGUUUGGGACUCCAUGAAGAGCGAGCGUGCCGGCAUCCUGGCCGGGCACGAUAACCGCGUGUCCUGCCUCGGCGUGACCGAGAACGGGAUGGCGGUCGCCACGGGCUCCUGGGACUCGUUCCUGCGCAUCUGGAACUAAACUGCGCACCAGCACGCCACCAUUUCUAAUUUUAUAUAGAGAGCGCCCUAGCCAUACUGACGAUCGACCUUAGCCGACAACGGUCUAUAUCAGCGUAUUUGUCCUUAUUUCUUUGGACAUAUCGGAGGCUAAAAUAUAUACCCCCUUAUUCAUAAACGUUUACUAAAGUUGACAAGCCGAUAAUAAUCGUUUGUCAACGAAUCGUUUGUUUUCCUUAUUAUUGGCUUGUGAACUUUAGUAAACGUUUAUGAAUAACGGGGAUAGUAGAUAGUGUCAAGAGAUUUGCAACUUAGGGUAUUUUUGGCUGGAGUUGCAGGUGUCCAAAAAGGUGACCGCUUACCAUCAGGCGGGCCGUAUGCUUAUUUGCCACCUAAUUAGUGCCCUUUGAAUUGAGUUACAGAUGUAGUGAUCAAUCUUUUGACAUCGUAUUGUCUCGGAAACGUUGGUAGUUGUCAUGCUACUUCAGUCAACCUCAGUACUUUUUGUACUGGGACUGACUGAAAUAGCAUAACGCACGUUCGUGCGUUUCCGUGAAAACACGGUGGUAAAGGAUUAUUCACUACAUCUGUACGAGGUUUGCUAUUUUGGCAGACGAUUUACCACUUUAGGCAACGAGACGUGAGUUGCAAAACUCAACUCUAUUCGGAGAAGACAGGUUUGCGACUUUUAGCCGACUAUAUCGAUGAUUGCUUGUAAUAUGUUUAAGAAAAAAGGUACGUGCUAGUUUGACAGUCGAAAAAGACAGGAUGGUGCUGUAUAUUCGACAUGAAAUAGUGACAGUCAAACCUAUUCGAAACACACCUUUAUUACCACAUACCCUGUCAAAUUAGCGGCACGGCUGUGUCUUGGACUUUAAUUAUGAAAUCAUUGGAUUUAUCUACUUUAUGACGAAAUGUCUCGACUUUUUGAUGUUUUGGUUGCCCGUCAGAGGUUCUUGGCUACUGCAAAACCACCAGCAAUAUAUGCAGGCACACAAAAAUAUGUCCAAAGAAAUUAGGUUGAAAUGUCCGUGAUAUUGACCCAUACGGAACACGCCAAUCGAAACUUAAUUGCUUGGAAAUCACGUGACUUCUUGACAUCCCGAUGCAUUUUUAUAUUUCGAUUGGCGUUUAUAUGUGAUCGAUCGUCAUGGCUAUGGUCCCAGAUGUACAUUUCUUUUUUGUUUUUCUUGCUUAAAAUGCAUGCAGUUGAGAAAAAUGUCUGAAAAAAAUUGACAGAUAUUUAUAUAAGAACUAAAUUUGUCUGUCAAUGCCAAAAUCAAGCGCAAAAUAAAUACCUGACUUUUAUCCUUUGAACGCCACUCCUAUCGUGUACAGAUGUAGUGAAUAAUCUUUCACCAUCAUUUCUUCACGGAAGCGCACGAACGUGCUAUGCUAUUUCAGACAGUCUCAGUACAAAAAUUACUGAGGUUGACUGAAGUAGCAUGACAAAUACGAACGUCUCCGAGUAAAUACGAUGGCAAAUAAUUGUUCACUACAUCUAUACGGCGCGUUAUAGUGGACUUUGUCGCGAUGCAUGAAGGUCGAUUUUGGGUUGUAGCGCGUCAGGAGAUGUGUUACUUCCUGUUUAGAAACAUUUGAAAGUUCGAGCAAAUUUUCUGUAAGAAAAACAAAAAAAUGUACAUUUCAUGGAAAACUUUAAUAGAGAUGCGCAAAGGUUAAAAAACCAUCGCACUUGAUAAGCGCACCGUGUUUUCUUUGCUUUAUUUAUUUUAAAAAGUAGACGAUAAUUUCUAACAAGGAAAGCAUUUAAACUACGAUAGAAAGUGUAGUUUACGGAGUGGCUGUGUGUGUGUCUCUAUGGUUCACUGUUCACGAUAUACAUUUAUAUAUAUGUAAUGUAAUUAUAUGAUUAUAUAGCGUAGCAUUGCGAAGCCUUGGGACGGCACCGCUGCUAAGAAUAUGUUUCUGUAUAACGGUAAGUAUUCGUUUGAAAUUAUAAUUAUUGGAUGUUUUCUUUUAAAAUGUACCUUAUCCGAAUCAUUUCACGAAAAAGUUGGGUUCUUUUCGCUAUGUCAAAAUAUAUACAUACGAUUCUUAGUAAAAAAUUCAGUAUUCUAAACUUUGAAAAAGGGUAAUAUUUUGGAAGAAAACUCCUUUUUUAAGAGCUAUCAGGGUUUGAUAUGUGACACAUAGUGAGACCAUCAAACAGACAUUUUCAUGUAUUCGUAACUUUUGACUAUGAGUGGGAAUAUUACGCAUAAUUCUGAUUAGAGGGCGCCUCUACCACAUACAAAGGCCUAGCGCGAAACACGAUUUUGCGUUAUCUGCCUCUGUCACUCUUGCAUAGUCGAGCGAUAAAGAGGCCAGAUAACGAUCGAUUUUCGCGUUUCGCGGUAGGCCUCUGUAAACAAACCGCCUUGAUGCAACAAUGUCAUAGUGAACUUCUCAAAAAUGUAUAAGGCAUUCGGCCCGAUUCGAACUUUAAGGCCCACUUGCACCAUCUCACUAAUCCGGGGUUAAGCGGUUAAACUGUUAACCCAGUGCCAAAUAGUACUGGUAACCAUAGUACCUCCAUUUUUAACCUGUUAACCUCGAGUUAGUGGAAUGGUGCAAGUGGGCCUAAGAUACGUAAAUUAACCCUUCGUAUGUCUAAGCACUGAUCAGUGCGAACGAAUUUAAACCUAUUGUAUUAAACAAAGGAUUUUAAUUCGAGCGCACUGAUCAGUGCUUAGACAGACGAUAGGUUAAUAGAUCUAGAAACGAUAUGGAUUAGAUGUGUCAAAUGUGAUGUUUCUUCAAACAAAAAUUUUUGACACUGACAUAUCUAAUCCAUAUCGUUUCUAGAUCUACUUGACUUGAUAUCUUAAAGUUCGAAUCAGGCAGUUAGUUUGUAUAAGUUACUCUGAUGGUUUAUGUGAUGUGAUAGUGCUGCACUCUGGCGGCUGAACAUUGCAGUAACACUCCCUAUUCAAUAAUAAGCCCACAAUAGAAUGUUGAAGCUCAAUAUCCUGUCUUGUCCCCGGUCUCACAUACCAUCGGCCACACUGUUAACUGACCCUAAACCUUAUUACAUAAGGCAUAAGGUCCAACUAUGAACAGUUAAGUGUGUAGCUGUUUGCACUAGUUGUCUCGCCCUGAUUCGUCUGUAGCUUUAUAACGUGUCAUAAAGCUUGAAGCUGGGAAAUUUAUGUGAAAAUUGUCGUUGUAUUAACAUUUGUAUUUAAAAUUUUAUUAUUUUAUGUUCGGUUGGCUCUUAUUAUUUGUCUCUGAUAUAAAGAGGCAAAUAUCUGGUGAAAUAAUUUAUCUACACACAGUAUAGGCUGUCAAUGAUGCGUUCAGUAUAGUUCGUAGGUUUCUAAUAGAGCCCAACGGCAAAUCCUAUUGUCUAUUGUUAAGUAAAACCGCACGUGCUACUUACCUGCAAAAAAUGGUCUUAAUUAUUCUAUUUGGCACCUGAGCGCGGGCUAGUCCAACGCUUAAAAAAACAGUGUAGGUGCGCGCUUCGAUAACGCGCCUUUGUUACGCAUCUCGAUGACACAUUUUAGACUGGUUCUGAAGCGUUCGACUCGCCGGCACUCGGUAAACGAAGUACUGUACUUUUUAUGCAGGUGGUUGUGGCACGAGCGGUUUUACUUAACAAUAGACAAUAGGAUUAGCCGUCGGGCUCUAUUAGAAACCUACGAACUAUAACCGCAUGUUACGGCAGCCAGGCACACUGUUUGUAAUAGAUAGUUUUCGAAUAAAACGUCAUCUACUACGAAUACUGAGAUGAUAUCAAGUUCCUUUGUUUCUCAGAAAUGUUCAAAAAGUGAACGCCAUUAUUAAAUCGAUAUCGAUGUGAUAAAGUUUGCACAGAUAAUUUUUUUUUCUAACUAAACAGUUUUUCUGUGUGCAGGUUGUAAUUUGCGGUUUUCGAACGCAUCAUAGAGGGUUAUACGUGUGGAGGAGGCCAUGUGUGUGUAGAUAAAAAAAAAACUAAAAGGGAUGAUAGUUUAUAUGUUUGUGUGUUAGAAUGAAUAUCUGUCAGUCGUUUCGCAUUUCUUCAAUCUAUAGACGAGUUAAAACUAAUAUUAAUUUGAUUAAUAUCUAUUCUUUACAGAUUAAUCGCACAACAUCAAUCGUACAAGUUCUAAAAAACUAUUUAAAGAACCAAAUAUUAUGAUUAAUGAGCGGUCGAGUUGAUUGUCUUCCGUCUCUUUCGUGAGACAUUGCUGUCUCGCUCGGACGAUUAUCAACUAACCACGUAUAUCUAUGUGUAAUUUAUUGAAUGAGGAUUAUUUCACUGUGGAUGCUAAGUUAUAAUUUUAAUAUGUAGUUGUAUGGAUAAGUCACCCGUUUUAAUGUAUAAAUAAUGGAGAUUCCUUUUAUAGAUCUCUCAUGGAUCAAAAAUUAAUUGAUAAUUUCAUUUUUCAUCGAUUUUGAAAUGACACAGCGUCCAUUUAGAUGUUUCAGUACUUUUUUCUACUGAAUUUUGAAGGUAGAUCCAUGGAUGCCGUGUCGUUUCAAAAUAAUAAGAUAUUAUUUUAUAUUUCCAGAAACUUGUGAAACAUUGUAAUUUACACAUUGACAUGCAAUAUAUUAAUUUAUCAAUGUCACUCACUAUUAUUUUUUAUAUCUCACUAAACGGUAAAAUGGCGAUUAUAGAAUGGCAUAUAAUAUAUAGUGUUGUCUAAAGUAUCCAUUAAAAAUCCUAUUGAGUAUCAAAAUAUUAAAUAUUUACUGACUUCAUGAUGGUCUAAAAGGAACUUUAAUGCAUUCGUGUAAAGUUUAUAAUCCUUCAACAAUUUUUAUCGGCCAAUGUGUCAUAAUUUAUAAGGAAAAAGUAAAUCUUUUUUUACGCGAAAACGGUUUGAAAUUUCGAUGCCAUAAUAAUCAAAACAGGUUAUAAAUUAUAUAUAAUAAAUACUUAAUCAUACUGAAUACCUAAUCGUAAAUUAUCUCAUGUAAACUAUUCUAACAAUACACCUCCUUGUCAAUAGAUCUAAUUUUGAUACGAGACGCACUAAACGCACUGCAACAAAUAGUACUUAUUUUGGGACGCACAGACUGAGGCAUGCCUUGAAGGACGAGAUUUUACGAGUCGUGACAAAACGGCGAGAAAAGCAAGCCACUUGGCGUGGCUUAUUUUAAUGUGUCAUUUAGUCCCAUAACCAUCUUUUUCUAUAUCCGGUUACACUGUAAGGUCCUACAUCUCGGGUUCGCCCAUUCGUUCAUUUUUCUAGGCUAAGCUAGCUAUAGGAAUUAAAUGUAAGUUCCCAAGCAUUUUGUAACUUGAAACAUUCUGUUCCUUCAAAAUUUUCAAUAUUUCAGUUAGCAGUUACUUUGCAGUAUUCGUUGCUUAGCACAAAGUUAUCGUAGGCUUUUCGUUUUAUGGAUGGUUGUCGCUCUUCUGUUAUUUAUAUCCUCUUGAGUUCCGCCAUACAAAACUAAGGGUAUUUUAACCUCGCCGCCUUUGACUUGAUAUAAAGUCAAUACAUUUCGUGCCCCACACGCCACGCCUCGAUAUGUUAUCUGGGCGUUAAUGUCACUUUAUUACUUCAUUGACAUGACGGCGAAAAGGUUAAGGGUAAUUUCUCUUAACCUAAUAAAAUAUAACAGCUUUUAUAAUGUUGUCGAUUUGAUUAACGUUAAAAUUGAAAAAGAAUCCAUUCAAUGGCCAUUUUAUCUUAAUUACUUAGUUCAUAUCAGUAAAAUCGGAAAUUAACAUUCUUAGUGUCUGUCUAAGCUAACAUUGCACGACUUUGGCCAAAGUGAGGGAAUGACAUUAUAAACGUCAUUAUGUUCAUAGAAAUUUGAUAAUAAUGAUGACAUUCUCACACUUUGUCAUGGCUUGUCAUUUGAGUGAGCUUGGUCUAAUUCUAAUAACCUUUUCUCACCACGUUGCAUACUGAACUUUUAACUAACAGUGCUUUGAACACGGACUCAAGAGGAUAAGCCUUUUGUCUAGAUAGGUAAUAAUAUAAACUUAGAUGUUUGUAAGGCGUCCGCUUCAGGGAAUACACGUACGAUAAAGGGAAUGGAUAUAUCAAUACAAUACAUUCAUUACACUUCCUUUAAGCAAGUUAAAAAUGUGAUGAAAAAUAUUUACACUGUCACUGGCAAAGUAAGGUAAUUAUUUAACGUAUUCGCCGCCAUUGACUUGAUAUAAAGUCAGUACAUUUCGUGCCCCACACGCCACGACUUGUAUGACAAUAAGGGUUGUUAACGUGCAAUUUUUGGCUUGGCGUUGAUGACACUACUACUAGGGAAUGCAAAUCGGUUAUUUUUUGUAUGGAAAUAACCACGGUUUCGGUUAAAAACCGAAUAUUUCCAUACAAAAAAUAACCGAUUUGCAUUCCCUAACUACUACUAUAUUGACGUGGCCGCGAAAAGGAUACAUAACUUCUUUUUUUGGGUUAGUCAUCUUUCUAAGCCUUACUUUAGAACGGCUACAUGAAAACUAAAUAUAAGAAGACGUAUUCAGAAUUUUAAAUACGAUUUUUAUCUCGCGCUCAAACAUUAUUUAGUGGCAACCGGGGUGAUUGAGAUGAAUAUCAAAUAAAGACGCCCAAAAAAUAUACUAAAUAAUUUUCAAUCACAUUUUUUUGUUACAUCUACGAGCUCAAACACAUACAUUAAGUUGUCUACAGCAUAUUGAUAUAUCCACAGAGGCCUAUGACCUAUAACAGACUAGAGAUGACUGCUAGGUUAGCAUAUCAAGCAAUUUGCUCGAUUUUAUACAGCACAAUCAUUUAUAUUCGGGUCUUUUCCUGUAUUUGCUUUGAGCAAAUUGAUCUUUUAAUGCAUUCAUCUUGAUGUCUGAUGUAUUUGUCCAAUGUCAAAACGUAGAGAGGGUCAUUCGAUCAGCGUUGAAUACACACAACCGACCAACUUAUUAAGGAUCUUAAGCGUAUUGAAUGAGGGUUUCCGCGAUCGAGUUUUUCACUAGAUGACAGCACCGUGGCGAGAGGUCUAGCUGUCAUAAUCCACCAAUCAUGUUUAACCAUGUUUUUUUUUAUUGGUGGAUUUUGACAGCAGCUGUCAAAAAGACCUCGUCACGGUGCUGCCAUCUAGUGAAAAUCUCGAUCGCGGAAACCCUCAUUGAGGUAAAUCGCUGUCUUACACAAGUUGGCCGGCCCGGGAGUUAGCUGGUACGCUAGAUUAUGCCUAGGAUAAGACUUUUUUUUAAAUAAAAGUUAUUUUCUACAAUAUCCGCUUUACCGAUCGGUGUACAACAAUUUAAGUAACAUAGAAUAAAUGUACGUAUAUUUACUGUUUAAUGGAUAGUUUGAUGGCUCCCGUUUCUUUUGUAUUCAGACCAAUUUUUCUCACUUUUACAUCGUAUUAUUGGAAUGGACUGCCAUAUUUAAUCUUACUGUAAUAAUAUAUAGUAUCUGACAUGCAGUACUGGGAUUGGGCUAUCAAAUAAACUAUGAAGGCCUCUACUGGCCGUUAGAGACCGUAACUGGUUACCUGAUUUAUUAGUAAAUGUUUCAGAACUUUCGAGAGAAAUUAUUAUGAAAUGAGCCUUUGACGGCAACAUUUAAAAAAAGUUACGGGUCAAAAUUAAGCGCAUAAUUUAUAUGUUACUAUGUGCGAAUAUAAUUCGAUAAUUAAUCGGAAGAUAAUCAGUAACGAUAGUACCCUGACCUGUUUACUGACACUUUAUAAAAAUGGAUUUUGUAUAAGUUAAUUUUUAUUUGCUAGUCCACAUCUUCGAUAUGUUAAUAUAAUUAUUCUUAGUGGUGUAAUACUAAUUAUAAUGUAUUGUGUAAAAUAUUUUUUUUAGUUAUUAUAUCAAUAAAUUAAAAUUUGUUUAUUU